AUGGUUCACAGGCAAGAUGAAAUUGGGACCGGUUACUGUGAAGCUGGAUCCCAGAGGGCGAUGCUAGUCAACUUGCCUAUCAACGGACCCUCGACGGGAUCUACACUCUUUGCUCAACCAUCUACUGGCUUGUCAGGUGGCCGAUUGGCCGACCCUACCGACUACGGGCAGCUGUUAGUGGCAUCUGGAGCCCAAGCCAGAUAUCCAUCGGAAGCAACAUCUCUUGGUCGUUCAGUGGGAUUCGUCCCGCCCAGUAGGGCACCUACCAGACCGAUAAACACAACUUCCGGCUGGAUAUCCAGCCUCACGAAGCAAAAGAUCUCUACAAGAACAACAGGAAAGGGCGUGCCAGUCGGCAAUACCCCUUUCGAGGGCACAAUACCUACCGCGAAAACAAGCACGGCGACUAACACAAAUUUUUCCGCAUUUACUAAGCCCCAAGAUCACGACGGGACAAAACAGUUAUUCGUGGUAGCCUCCGCGACGCUACAAAGGGACAGAUUAUUGCACUCGAACUCGAGCCCAAAAGAGCAGGAUAAAGUAUCACCAAUCUCCUGUGAUUGGCUAGUCAACUAUGAUGUUGACACAAACGAGAGGAACAGCACAAAAAGAGGCAAGUAA